AUGAGCGAAUCAAAGGGAAUGGUGAUAAUACUUACUGGGGCUUCGAGAGGAAUCGGUCUCGCAACAGCCCACCACCUUCUCUCUCACGCGCACAAACUAAUCCUCGUAUCACGCACACACACGGCGCUCGACCAGCUGCACUACCAGUACGGCUCGGACCUCGUCGAGGUGCUUGCCGGCGACAUGUGCUCGGCAGCCGUAUCGCGGCGGGCGGUGGAACUGGCGCACGAGCGCUGGGGCCGCCUCGAUGCCGUGGUGCUGAAUCACGGGAUGCUGGAGCCUGUGGCGCGCGUUAGCGACGCGAGUGUGGACAAGUGGAGGAAGGGGUUUGAAGUCAAUGUUUUUUCGGCCGUGGAGUUGAUCCAAGCCUCACUCCCCGCGCUACGCGCCUCCAAAGGCCGGAUUAUCCUAGUUUCGUCUGGAGCAGCAGUCUCGGCAUACCAAGGCUGGGGCUGCUACGGCGCGACAAAAGCCGUGCUAAACCAUCUUGCGCUGACGCUGGCCGUGGAAGAGCCCGACGUGACGACGAUAUCGCUGCGGCCCGGCGUCGUGGACACGGAGAUGCAGCGCGAGAUCCGCGAGGUGCACGCGGCGCACAUGAGCGAAAAAGAUCGGGAAAAGUUUAGCGGGCUCAAGACGAGCGGUGGAUUGCUGAAGCCCGAGCAGCCGGGCCAUGUGAUUGCCAAGCUGGCCGUGGGCGCUGGAAAGGAAUUAAGUGGCAAGUUUCUCAGUUGGAACGAUGAGAGUCUCAAGGCUUUCCAGGAAGAGUAG